GGCAAUUGUAUCGCGGUUAAAUACGAGAGAGGACCAAGCCCUCUUUCGAACGAACGUCGCGUGACAGGGGAAGAGAAGGAGAUAAAAAGAGCGGUGACGCGAGAAAAGACGAGCCGGUGCGGAAGUGCGCGAGGACGAGAGGGGGAGAGGAUGUAGACGGGAUUCUGCGCGUAGACAUUCGUGGAAGCGGACAAGGCGUAGACGGAGACGGCGAUAGUAGCGCGCGGGUGGAGGGACACGGGCGGCGGUCAGGGGCGGCGGGAGAGGGGGAAGGCGAAUCGACUAUCUUCAGCCGGUGGACGAGCGAGCAGCGGCACGCGGCAUAGACGAGGAACUCGUCGGCGGCAACGGAACGUCGGAGUGUCAAAAGGCGUGGACCGUCCAUCGCUCGACCGCGUGCUAGCUUGGCAGCGGCGCCAGUUUCUCCAAUUUUUUUUUCUCCUCCGUCCCUUUUGUUCGAGGCCGCGCCUCCCUCUUUCGCACGUCCGUCGCCGGGAGAGGAGGAAGAAGAAAAAGGCACUGUCGCUCGACGGCGACGAGAAAACUCGCGAUCGACGCGGGACGAUCCUUAUUCGAGCUUACCGAGCCACGACGGCGCGAAGUGACGGCAUUACGCGCUUCUCGCGUUACUCGCUCGCAGAUCGUCGGCUCGCUCGUAGCGCACUUCAUCGCGCGGGAAGGAAGGAAGGAAGCCGACCGACCGCCGAGGGGAAGUAACGACGAUCACGGAAGAACAGGAGGAGCUCCCGAGGUUGUUGCCUCCGCGCUUGCCGUUCUCGAGCGCGGAAGGUGGUGCGUCGCGUGCCGCGCGUUUAUGUGCGCGCUCAGGUGACAGGAGGAGAGACGAGGAUAACCGUGCAGUAUCGCUGCUGUCAUUGUUGUCGCUGCGAGGUUACAUAGUCGCCGACGAGCUGCUGCCGGCUGCGUGGUGCUCGAGAACGAGGGGUCGAAUCGGAGUGGACAGGGAGGAGGAGGAACAUCGCGGCAGGCUGAGGAAGAGGACGAGAAAUAGCAGAUCUUAUUCAAGAUGACGAGCGCAGUAACAAAUCUGGUGCAUAGUUAUAAAGACCUUAUGAACAAUCAGUCCGACCCCAGGGUGAACGAUUGGGUGAUGAUGAGCAGCCCCUUUCCGACUCUGGCGAUAUGCCUGUCGUACGCUUACUUUAGCAGGGUACUGGGACCGAAGUUGAUGGAAAACAGAAAGCCUUUCGAUCUUCGCGGGAUUCUCAUAAUAUAUAAUCUCGUACAAACUCUAUUCUCCGCUUGGAUAUUCUACGAGUACUUGAUGAGCGGUUGGGCGAAAGGCUAUAGUAUCCGAUGCCAGCCGGUGGAUUACUCAUCCAGUCCGAUGGGCCUUAGGAUGGCGAGAACUUGCUGGUGGUAUUACUUUAGCAAAUUCACCGAAUUCUUUGACACGCUAUUCUUUAUUCUGAGAAAGAAAAAUCAACACGUUUCAACGCUUCACGUAAUUCAUCAUGGGGUAAUGCCCUUCUCCGUAUGGAUGGGGGUAAAAUUCGCACCGGGCGGUCAUAGCACUUUCUUCGCUCUCCUAAACACCUUUGUACACAUCGUAAUGUACUUCUAUUACAUGGUAGCCGCGAUGGGACCACAGUUCCAGAAGUAUAUUUGGUGGAAAAAGUAUCUCACUAGCAUGCAAAUGAUUCAAUUCGUAAUGAUCAUGUGCCAUCAGUUCCAAUUGCUCUUCACCGAGUGCAAUUAUCCGCGAGGUUUCAUGAUCUGGAUCGGUUUACACGGUGUUCUAUUCCUUGGACUAUUCUCGGACUUUUACAAAACGAAAUAUGUAGGUGGUCCUGCGAGCAAAAACUCCACGAAGAAGAUGCACAAUGGUACAUCUGGUAGAGCUUGUAUGCCAAUUCUGGACGAGAACGGUAGUGCGACGCAUAACGGUGUGUCUUCGUACGCCACGAUCUAUAACAAGGAGUACAACAGCUGUUAUAGUAAUGGCACGAACAAUGGUUAUGUCGCCAACAAUAACAUCACGGAUAAAAAGCUCGCUUAGGACAUGUCGCGGCCUCAUUGGAAGCUUGAACAUUUUAAUCGGUGUGUCGGUCAUUUGUUCGUCUCAUCGUAUCAGUUAUUAUUUGUCUAUUAUGAAAAUAUAUCUAGCAACAUGUCUACGAAUUCACACGUGAAAUUGCGGAACCAAAUUACGCUCAUGUGUAAAAAGGAUGAAGAGACGAUGAGAUUUUCGGACAAAAGAGCAGACGUAUAUAAAGCGAGACACCUCAUUAUAAAUAUUCUGCAUUAUUAGCAGAGCAGAAGUUGUGUUCACUAACAUAGUGUCAUCAAUAAGACAGCUGUUAUAUCUGUGUAAAAAAGAAAAAAAAACGCGAUUCAACUGAUCACUAGAAAAAUGCGCGAUCUUGAUUUUCUAAUAAACUACGUAAAACGUGGUGCAAUCUUUAAAUUAGAGCCUUGUAAUAUUUACGAUGACAUUAUCGAAAAUCAUUAAUGAUAUUAAUGAUAAUAUAAAUAAGAUAAUUAGAGAAGAGA